AUGGCCUUGCUGCAGCCUAAAUCUGGGUUGAAGCCUGUGGCUCCUGUUACCACUGAAGACAGAAGGGUAGGUGGCAGGCUGCCUCUGGGAACAUACAGAUCUGACUGGUCUGUGUUGCCACCUGGGGUCAUGGUGUCAUCCAGACCUGAACAGCAGCCAAGGAUGAUCUCUGAAUAUAAAUCCGGCUCUUUCUUUUCCGGAUACUGUUCAGACAUAGCCAAGUCCAAGAACCACACCACACACAACCAGUCCCGAAAAUGGCACAGAAAUGGCAUCAAGAAACCUCGAUCACAAAGAUACGAAUCUCUUAAGGGGGUUGACCCCAAGUUCCUGAGGAACAUGCGCUUUGCCAAGAAACACAACAAGAAAGACCUGAAGAACAUGAAGGCAAACAAUGCGAAGGCACUGAGUGCACACGCAGAGGCCAUCAAGGCUCUUGUUAAGCCCAAGGUAGUAAAACCCAAGAUGCCAAAGGGUCUUGGCUGCAAACUCAGCCGUCUGGCUUUCAUCGCUCACCGCAAGCUUGGGAAGAAUAUUAGAAACUACAUGGCCAAGGGUCAUAGGCUCUGCCAACCAAAACCCAAGGUUCAAACCAAGGCAGAGGCCUCGGCUCCAUCUAAGGCCCAGGUUGCAGAUCCAGCUCAGGCUCCCAAAGGCGUCAAGGCCCCAUAG